CGAGAUCCCGUGGUGGGGCGGGAUCAGCUGACGGGGUCACGUGGGCGGCUCGCUGGGCUCCGGACGCCUGGGUCCCGCGCGGAUGGAGCCGCGGGCGCUGCUCGAGGCCUGGCGGGGGCGGCUGGGCCGGGAGCUGGACGCGGCCAUCGGCUUCUGGGCCCGGCACUCCCACGACCCUGAGCACGGCGGGUUCUUCUCCUGUCUGGGCCGGGACGGGUCCGUUUACGAUGAUGUGAAAUACGUGUGGCUGCAGGGCCGGCAGGUGUGGGUCUACGCCCGGCUGUACCGCACGGUGCCCCGGUUCCGACGCCCCGAACUCCUGGAGGCCGCCCGGGCAGGUGGGGAGUUCCUGCUGCGCUGCGCCCGCGUGGGGCCGGGCUCCCCCAAAGCCGCCUUUGCGCUGAGCCGGGAUGGGCGCCCCACCAAGGUUCAGCGGAGCAUCUUCAGCGAGUGCUUCUGCGCCCUGGGGCUGGACGAGCUGGGGCGCGCCACGGGGGAGUCUCGCUACCGGCGGGAGGCGCGGGCACUGCUGGAGGCUGUCGUGCGCUGGGUGCGGGAGGACCCGACGGAGCUGGGACGCCCCCCGCUGGCCGGCGCGACGCCCCACGAGCCGCUGGCCGUGCCCAUGAUGCUGCUGUGCCUGGCUGAGCAGCUGGGGGACGGUGCCGGGGGGCCCCUGGCCGAGCUGGAGGGGUGGUGCGCCCAGCGCCUCCUCCGCCACCUGCAGAGGGACGGCAGCGCCGUGCUGGAGAACGUCUCGGAGGACGGGAAGGAGCUGCCAGGCUGCCUGGGGAGACAACAGAACCCGGGCCACGCGCUCGAGGCCGGCUGGUUCCUGCUCCGAUACGCCCAGCGGCAGGGGGACACGGCGCUGGCUGCGCAGGCCAUCGAGGGGUUCAUGGUGCGGCCGUUCCAGGCGGGCUGGGACCCCGAGCACGGGGGGCUCUUUGCCUUCCAGGAUGUGGAUGGGCUGUGCCCCACCCAGCUGGAGUGGAGCAUGAAGCUGUGGUGGCCACAUGCUGAGGCCAUGGUGGCCUUUCUCAUGGCCUACGCCCACAGCCGCGAGCCCGCCCUGCUCCGCCUCUUCCACCAGGUGGCUGAGUACGCCUUCGAGCGGUUCCGGGACCCGGAGCACGGCGAGUGGUUUGGCUACCUGGCACGGGACGGGAAGGUGGCGCUCACCAUCAAGGGGGGGCCCUUUAAGGGCUGCUUCCACGUGCCCCGUGCCCUGCACAUGUGUGAAGAGAUCCUGGUGCAGCUGCUGGAUGAGCCUCAUCAGUGUCCUGGGGCUGCUGAAUAAAGGGCCUCCCUCAUGCCAGGGCAGAAGCAGGA